UCACGUUCACAGCUUGGAGAUAUGAACUUUAAUAAAAUUAAUUUUGAUUUAUGAUUAUUAGUCGUUUACGUCACAUUGUGAGAAAAUCUCAUGUUUUUUCAUGAAAUGUUAUCAACAAAUAUCGUUUUUGAGCGAGCAAAAUGAAAAUAUCCAAAAUAUAUGCCUUCCCGUUUGUAAUCAUAGUAGCCAAUGUUUUAUGCUAAAAACGCUUAUAUACCAAUGAAUUUUGAAAAUUCGACACUUUUUGUUCACUAAAAUGCAAAUAUCUCGGCUUUGCGUGGACAUAAAUUGAAUGUUAAAAAAAGCAAAAUGAUCUCCGUAAAAUUUCAUAUAAGCUGAAUGCAUCAGUUUUGGCUGCAAAAUUUUUUGGCUCGUUUUGGGGAGUGAUUUUUGAAAUUUUUUAGCAAAAAAAUACAAAUUUUUCUCCCUAAAACGCCCUGCCACGCCCAAACACAAGCUUUUAUGGAUUUUUUUUCGCUACAGGAAUUUGUUCAGGGGACAUUAAACUAUAACUUGAAGCCCAAGGCGACCAAAUUUGAAUGACUUUAGUACUAUUGUUACGCGCAUUUCUGAAAAAUACUCGAAAAAUGCACUUUUUUCAUUCAAGCUCCGCGCGCGAGUUGUAAACCAUUUUUGGGAAUUUUUUGUUGUAUGAAAACAUUGUUCCUGACAUCCUAAUCUAUCAUUCUAGGGGUGAGCACCGAAGAAUUGACAACUUUUCAUUUUUUUGGGACGGCCUACUACACACCCACUGGUUACAAGAUGAGGGAUAGAUUAGUUACCAAUUAUAGAGGUGGAACAAUAACAAAUCGUAGUUUAUACCAAUCAAACUAAUUGCAGUCUCAGUAUAAAAUUUGGAUACCUGGAAGAUAUUAGCAUUUGCGAAUCAGUAUAGUGUCAACAUUUGAUAAAGAUAAACAAUACAAUUACUUUUCAUAAUAAGAUUUAAGCUUUUGAAAACAAGGACUAUUAAUACCGAUUGAAGGAUUAAAUCCAAACGUUAUCCAAAUAACAACAUAUUUUUUCAACUCACAGAACAAAAUCGUACCAGAACGAGUUCAAAACUUAGCUCAAAUCCUGCCCACAAUGAACAUUGUGACAGUAACAACCAUCGUCAACAUUUGCAUGGUGUCGGCCUUUAACUUGCUGCCCAUCGCGGAAAUGAUCGUCCAGGGCGCUCAAACGGGAACGUGGCACCAGGAGCUACCAUAUCAGAUUUGGUUCCCGUGGGAUUCGCUGACCGGAUGGUCCUACCCACUUAUGUACGCGUUUCAGAUCUACUCUGGGCUCAUCGUCGUCAUUGGGAAUGUGAAUUUGAACAUUGGAACCACUGCUUUUCAUGGCUGCAAACCAGGUGUCAACAGUGGCGGUAUCAACAAUGAAAUUGGAAAAUGUCUAGUGUUGAUCAUUAUGAGAACUCAGAAGCCAUUCCAGCUGACAGCUUGGAAGUUUUGGCCCCUCAAUAUUACUUCAUUUAGCAAAAUCAUCAACGCAUCGUGGUCAUAUUUUUCACUUUUGAAUGCACUUUUGAAAAAGUGAAAAUUACGAAAUUUGAUAGCAGAAAAUUCGCUUCAAUCAAAAUUAUGUGGAUGCUCUCCCGUUGAUGAAUAAUAAAAUGCUUCAAGGAAUCAUUUCAACAUCCCAGUUCUACGACCUCGACCUACACUCUCAUCAGCCUUUCGUUGGCAACUCAUCAGGCAACGACUCAUAAAUAACCCAAAUUCCAUAUGAACACCUCAUCAUAAAUACAUAAUUAAACCGGUAGAAAGCAUAUUUCCAGCAACUCCGUGUAUGUGUUUCCAUUCUCUAAUGUUAAAGGUUCCUGGCGUCCACAGCUAUAAGUCGAAAAGCAUGGGAAAAAUAGUGCCUUUACACGUGCUCCACAUUUAUGUACUCAAACUAAUAGCAUGUAGGUCCCAUUUCGAGAAAAACUCUAUCAUCAAAGUUUUGCCCUGUAAUUCAGCGACAUUUGGGGCAACAUGUAUAGUCACAAUUGCCCGGAAAGGAUUCCUUGCGCGGUCCCCAUUCGCCCCAAUUCACGGUACGUCGCAACCCAGCGUUGGUCGUUGGUCUUCCUGUCAGCGUCGUUGUCGCGCCCGAAGCGCUCAUUUCGCUUCUAUGCUCGCACAGUAAUGACCGUCAUUGAUCCGGGCCCUUGGGGUUCGAUGUGACUCCCACAGGCAAUAUAAUAAGUUUAUUGUUAUGAAAAAUUAUCUGUUUUCUUGGUGAAUGUACAAAUAUAAAAAGGAUAAUUAAGGGUGCAAGGCAAUCAAAGACGUUGUUGUCCUCCUAUUCCAUAAUCCCAAUCCUGCAACAAUCUAGUUGUAUACAGUACUUUGGGGGAUGAAUCCAAAAUUAUAUCGAUAGUUACUGUAGUUUUCAAAACACUAAA